UCUUCCCCUUUAGAUAAUCUAACUUACUAUUGAAUGACUGUUACCAAAGAGACAAAUGUGUGAGAAAGCCAAAGCCUUUCUCUAAGUAGUAUGAAGAAGUAUGAGAGAUUUGAAGAUGAACAGAAUGGGAUUGAGGUUGUGGCAACAUUGCCAAUUGAUGCUGCAGAGGUCCAGCUUCCCCCAAAGAUGGGACAAGGGUAUUCAAGGGCAAGACGAGAUAUCAAUGGCACAGUGACAUCAGCUACCAGUCAAGAGCAAGUAGAUGCUCUGGAGAAUGCCACAUACUUCUUCUAUGACCACGAGGAACGUUUGAACUUCUUGUCAGAUGGUGAAGACUUAGAAGACCCUUCCCAACCUCCUACUCCUGGUUUCAGCAAUAAGUAUAUCUCAUGGAGAUUGAGACGGCUAAUCCAACACCUGUUCUUUCGCCUCCUGACUCUGAUUGUGAUCCUUUCAGAUAUAUGCCUCCUCAUUGCAGACCUAGCCACUGCAUCCCCUAUGCGCCCUCUGGGAUCCACUCUCACCUUUGAAACCCUCAAUAUCAUCUUUUCCUCCUUUUUCCUCUUCGAAAUUACUUUGAGGAUCCUUGCCUUACAGAAGCAGUUUCUUUACCACUGGUACAACAUUGUUGAUCUGGUUAUCAUUGUGGUAACCUUUAUCUUGGCUGUAGUGGAAUCUGUGAUCCGCACUGAUCAUGGCUAUCUUACUACUGCAAGGGUUAUAGUGCUUCUGCGUCUGCUGAGAGUGAUUCGCUUAAGUCGACUCAUCACAGAGAAGAAGCAUGUAGAAGCUGGUGCUCGGCUCAUGGUAUCCCAAAAUAAACGCAGAUACCAGCAAGAUGGAUUUGAUCUGGACCUGACAUAUGUGACAGACAAAGUGAUAGCAAUGAGUUUCCCUUCAUCAGGACGAAUGUCUUUCUACAGGAACCCGAUAAGAGAAGUGGCCAAGUUCCUGGACACAAAGCACAAGAAUCACUAUAAAGUGUACAACACAUGCAGUGAGAGAAGCUAUGAUGAGACUUUCUUCCAUAACCGUGUAGAACGGUUUCUCAUUGAUGACCACAAUGUCCCAACGCUGAAGGACAUGGUGGGGUUUGUAGAAGAUGCAGAGCAGUGGAUGAUUGCACACCCAGUGAAUGUGAUUGCUGUUCACUGCAAGGGGGGAAAAGGACGAACAGGGACCUUGGUCUGCGUCUGGCUCAUUCGUAAGGGUCUCCUUGCCAACUCAAAGGCCUGUUUGGACUAUUUUGGAAGGAGAAGGACAGAUUCAAAUGUGGGACACAAGUUCCAGGGCGUCGAGACUCCUAGUCAGUGCCGUUUUGUGGAGUACUUUGAAAAAGUACAUGCUAAUGGACUGCAACUUCCAAAGCCAGUGACCCUCAGUUUAUGUGGAAUUAACAUUAAUGGUCUGAUGGGAGUUGGAAGAGGAGAUGGAUCUGAUUUCUCUGUUGAGAUUGACCAGGGAAGAAGAAACACAGUCUUCACAGCCACAUUUGGCACACAGCAGAACUGUGAGACGGUAUACAAUACUGAGAGAGAUUGCCUGGAGGUGAAGCUCCUCAAUUGCCCUCCUCUGACAGGAGAGAUUAGAGUCCUCUUCCGUUGCACUUCGAGGAAAGUGCCAAUUGGGUAUGAGAGAGUGCCCUUCUAUUGCUGGUUUCAUACUGCCUUCAUUGAAGGCUAUCGGUUGGUGCUGAAGAGGGAGGAUCUGGAUAAUCCUCACAAGCCAAAGACAUGGAAGGUCUUCCGAGAGGCAUUCCAAGUGGAAUUCCUCUUUUCAUGAAUGGCUGAUCCUCACUUAUACCUUAUUCAUCUGCUACAUUCCUUUACUCCGCCAAUUGAAACUCACCACAUUGUAUUUUUCAGCAUCAUCUCCAAACCUUUACCCCUCUCAUAACAGAUUUUUUCACAGUGGU